CUUUUCUUGGCAUACUUUUUUUUUACCUUCUUUAGGAAAAUGGCUUCAAAAUCUGUGCUCGUUGUUCUAGCUUGUUUUCUACUAAUUAGCUCUAAGGUUUUGUCAGAAACAGAAACUGAAGAUGUUCAUAUUGAGGGCACUACACUUGUAGCUCCCACAUCGACUCCAACUUAUAAAAGUUCACCACCACCACCACCUAAGCUCGUACCUCCGCCACCGGCAAUUAAGGCACCAACACCACCUCCACCACUCUCCAAGCAGCCUCCUCCUCCUCCUCCUCCCUCUGUAGUACGGCCAAGAAACCCACAAGAGUGCUCUCCAGCGUGUGUAGAGAGGUGCAAAAAGCAUUCAAGGCAGAAUAGAUGCAUGAGAGCCUGCAAAACUUGCUGUAUCAGAUGCAAAUGUGUUCCACCCGGCCAAUAUGGAAACAAAGAAAUGUGCGGCACCUGUUAUGCGGGCAUGAUCACUCGUGGAGGAAAAUCCAAGUGCCCUUAGGAAAUAAUACCGACUUCCAAAAAUAACAUCACAUUAAUUAAUUGCCUGCCACUUUUAAUUCUCCAUCACUUUUUAAUCAUUCAUGUAUUUCCUGUACGAAAUAUGUGACGUACUAGAACAUUCUCACUCAACUUUCCUAAUUUCUAGUUUUAUUCAGUUUUCAUCCUUAAUUGUGACUUGCCCGAUUUUGAUCUUUAUUUUUGCACCUUUAAUCAUUAUAAUUUGACCAUUAAU